UUACCAGUUUCUCGUGCUUUAUUCAUUGCAAUUGUAUUAUAAAUUACAAGAAUGAGUAGACUUACUUACAAAACAUUACCAACGUUAAUUUAACAUACACAUAAAAAUGCGCAGUAUACUUAAAAAACCAAACGUAACUUUUUUCGACAACGGCAAUACUAAUAAUGGUAACACCAACAACAAUUACAACAACACGCCGGCUGGAAACCCUCUCAAAAUCAGCUCCGACUCCCUCGACCACUUCAACUUGUCAGCGGCUAGAGGUCAAAUGAGAGGUCAGCAACAGCAACAACAACAACCUUCAACUCUGCCCUAUCUUCAGACAAGUCCCCCCAAUUAUGAGCAGUCUUUUGAAAUGCAACCCCCUGCAGUUAGGAGUUUAGUAGACCAAAACUUCUCGUCUGGAAAUGCUGCCGUUUUAAGUUAUGAUCAGAAAGAGCACCCUUUCAUCUUUCCUUCUCCUGCCUCAUCCUCUGUGGCCCCCACGAUCCACAAUUCAGACAGCUCCUCUGCGACCACAAUGCCGACUAUCUACAAUGCCAAGUGGAAGGAUGGAAUGUUAGAUGCAUACAGACAGCAGAUUGGACAGUUGAGUGGGGCGAUGGCACAGUUGCAGCAACAGAACCAAAUGAGUCUGAAGAUGGAGGCGGAGAAGAGUAGUGGGAACAGUAGUCAGUUGCAGGAACUGGUGGACGGACAGAAGCGCAUGUUCGACAUGUACUGGGAACUAGCCAAGAGAUGUAAACACGUGGAGGAGGUGAGUAAGCGACAGAGUGAGUUGAUCACGUCUCUGAAUGAGAUGAUGGAGAGAAGAGAGAGGGAGCACAGAAGACAGGUGGAUAGACUGAGAGAAGAGAUGUACAGCACACACAAGGCCAAAAGAAAAGUAGCCGACAGAGACGAGUCAAGAUACUACAGCGACAACACUUACCACCCCUCUUCCGCCCCAACCGGACGACCCUUCAUUGAAAGCAUCGAUAUGAAUCUGAAGCCCCUGCCUAGAUUCCAUCAGUCUUCCAAACCACCACCUCAUCCUCACAUACGACCCAGUCACAAGUACCCUUCACACUACGACAGCGCCGACAACUAUCGCGGAACACGAGAUCGCCGAAGUUUCAAACCCGACGCGAUAGCACCGGGUCGCCACCGCGGUCGGUCGCCAGUGUUCGACUCGGAUCAUUUCAGUAGCGCAGACGAACGCGCGGGCGAUGACUCAGAAGCGGAAAACGACUUUAAAAGAGACAAACUGAGAACUCGGAACAAACUGAAUGGGAUUGAAAAUAAACUGAUGGAGCUUAAGAUUAUGACUCAAGAUAUGUAGUAGUCUUGAAAUAGUGGCGCAAUUAUAAUAAUGACUGCUAACAAAAACUGUUCGAAUCAAGGCGAACCCAAGAUUGUUCUGACUGCCCUUUAAGGUCUAUGAAAUAGUUUUUGAUAAACUUGUUUUACAACAUUUUACAACAAAAAUUGAUCCAAUUUUUGAUGAA